ACGUUAUCAGUUUAACGCGGCUUAGUGUGUUGGGCCGUCAUUUACAUAUUAGUAUGACUUAGGCGGCAUCAUGGAUCGCAUUACCCAUCGAUUCCUUAUAUUCCAAGGAUUAUCCAUUGGUAUCCUCAGCAUCGUCAGUUCAUUGGUAACCAUCUACAAUUACGCGUUCAAUUACUUGCACUACGAGACGUGGGAGCGUCAUAAUGACAUCAACGGUAUGCCCGAAAUGAUAGUCCCCGUCAGAGAACUCUGUUGGAUCAUUGCUGCUGGUGCACUGCUGUACGGAAUCCACCGACGCCGAAUUCGGUUUUUCUAUCCGAUCAUUUGUGUUGCCGCUCUGGUGUUGCUGAUCCAUCUGGUUCGGGAGCUCCUCCUUCUUUGGACAGGCCCCGCAGAAUGGUAUUGGCAUUUCACACUUUUCUGCAAUCCAUCGUUGAUGUUGCCGAUGAUUGGUAGACGAAUUCAUGGAAUGAUGGCGCUGGUAGCACUGAGGCGGUUAUUCGAGAGUGAGCAUAGUUCUGACAACAACUUCGUCCGAUUUAACGCAGAUAGGGAAGAAUGUGAAACCAAUGAAAUGAAUUAAUGAUAAUGAAACAUACAGUCUUCAACUAUGCUUUUGAUAUUUGUAACAUGCG